AUGAUGAAAUGUGAUGAUGAUGAUGAUGAUGAUGAUGAUGAUGAUGAUGAUGAUGAUGAUGAUGAUGAUGAUGAUGAUGAUGAUGAUGAUGAUGAUGAUGAUGAUGAUGAUGAUGAUGAUGAUGAUGAUGAUGAUGAUGAUGAUGAUGAUGAUGAUGAUGAUGAUGAUGAUGAUGAUGAUGAUGAUGAUGAUGAUGAUGAUGAUGAUGAUGAUGAUGAUGAUGAUGAUGAUGAUGAUGAUGAUGAUGAUGAUGAUGAUGAUGAUGAUGAUGAUGAUGAUGAUGAUGAUGAUGAUGAUGAUGAUGAUGAUGAUGAUGAUGAUGAUGAUGAUGAUGAUGAUGAUGAUGAUGAUGAUGAUGAUGAUGAUGAUGAUGAUGAUGAUGAUGAUGAUGAUGAUGAUGAUGAUGAUGAUGAUGAUGAUGAUGAUGAUGAUGAUGAUGAUGAUGAUGAUGAUGAUGAUGAUGAUGAUGAUGAUGAUGAUGAUGAUGAUGAUGAUGAUGAUGAUGAUGAUGAUGAUGAUGAUGAUGAUGAUGAUGAUGAUGAUGAUGAUGAUGAUGAUGAUGAUGAUGAUGAUGAUGAUGAUGAUGAUGAUGAUGAUGAUGAUGAUGAUGAUGAUGAUGAUGAUGAUGAUGAUGAUGAUGAUGAUGAUGAUGAUGGUGAUGAUGAUGGUUGA